AUGGCACUUAGCGAAGUUAAAACAGUUUGCAUGAAAUCUCUGGAAAAUGCGAGAGUUGGAAAAGAUGCCGGCGCUAUUCAGGAUGGCAAAGACUUCUACAAACAUAUGUUUGAGAAUUAUCCAGAUUUGCGUGUUUAUUUUAAAGGAGCAGAAAAUUAUACUUCGAGCGAUGUGCAAAACAGUGAGCGAUUUGAAAAACAAGGUCAAAGAAUUUUACUGGCGAUGCAUAUACUGGCAAAUACAUACGAUGAUCCAGAAACGUUCAAAGCUUAUGCAAGAGAAACUGUUAAUCGCCAUCGGCAAUUUAAAAUGGAUCCUUCGUUAUGGAGUGCAUUUUUUGCUGUCUUCUUAGAAUAUUUGCAACAAAAAACAACUGUGAACGAUGCAGUUAAAAACGCUUGGAAAGAAGUUGGAGACGUUUUUGCUGCUGAAUGUCUCGAACAUUUGAAAAAUCUUGGCCUUCCACAUUAA